UUUAUUCCUAACCCCAUUAUCUUAUCCAUUUAUAGCAAGCCCCCUCUAACAAACACCCUUUGUUUCCCCCUCCACUCAACAUUUCAAAUUUCCCAACUUCAUCAUGAUCCCAAGGCCUCUUUCAAAGCUUUCAGAGAAAACCCACAUAGACCAAACCCUGAGAUCCACGCUGAACAGGCUCAGGCUAGAUAACCAAACCUCAACCCACCAUCCGUUUGACGAAAUUCCCCAACCAAACCUCCCCCAAUGCAACCACUUGCUACUCGAAUACUCCCGCAAAAAUCUCAACCGCGAAGCUCUCGAUCUAUUCAUCGAGACCCACCGAUCAUCAAACCCCAUCAACGAUUUCACCCUUUCGUGCAUUCUAAAGGUCUCCGGAUCGAUACGUGACCAAUUCCUCGGUAGGCAAUUUCAUUCUGUAGGUAUCAAGUUUGGGUUUGACGAUGCAGUAAGCGUGGGCACUUCUCUUGUCGAUAUGUACAUGAAGUGCGAUAUGUUGGAAGAUGGAAGGAGAGUUUUUGAUUUGAUGAAGGACAAAAAUGUGGUUUCUUGGACUUCAUUGCUCACUGGUUACCUGAACAAGGGGGUCAUAAAUUCUGUGUUUGAACUCUUUCUCAAGAUGCAAUAUGAAGGAAUUAAGCCAAACUCAUUCACUUUCGCCAGUUUUUUGAGUUCUUGUGCGAUGCAAAGAGAGAUCAAAAUUGGGACGAAAGCACACAGUUUGUUGAUUAAGCUAGGGUUUGAAACAACCACAUUUGUCUGCAAUUCCCUUAUCAAUAUGUACUCGAAAUGUGGGAUGAUUCAAGAAUCAAGAUUGGUUUUUGAGGAAAUGGAGAAUUUUCGAGACGUUGUAUCUUGGAACGCUAUGAUUUCUGGGCUCGUGCUCAAUGGAUUCGAUCUUGAAGCCCUGAAGUUUUUGUAUUCAAUGAGAGUUGAUGGUCAUAGAUUCUCACAGCUGAGCUUUGUGACCGCCAUAAAGCUGUGCGCAAAUCUUAAAGCACUUACCCUCGCAAGGCAGCUUCAUUGCUGUGUAUUCACAGAAGGGUAUGGCCAAGAUUGCAAUAUAUUGACUGCUCUUCUAGUUGUCUAUUGCAAAUGCGAUGAAAUAUCUGAUGCAUUUGAGCUUUUUUCGAUAGUUUCAGAGGAUCGUAGCGUUGUUUCAUGGACUGCAAUGAUCGGGGGCUUCAUCCAAAACAAUGAAUCUCACCGAGCAGUGAAAUUAUUCAACGAAAUGAUGAGAAAUGGAAUCGAACCAAACGAUUUCACAUAUUCAACCGUAUUAACCGCUUCUCCUGCUUGCAUUUCACCGUUUGAAAUCCAUUGUCAGGCUAUCAAAACAAACUACCUUUGUUCCCUAUCAGUUGGUUCUGCUCUUCUUGCUGCAUAUUCUAAGCUUGGAAACACAUAUGAAGCAAUAUCGAUUUUCAAAAGGAUCGAUGAAAAGGAUAUUGUCACUUGGUCUGCAAUGUUAUCAACUUAUGCUCAGGCCGCAGAUUCUGAAGGCGCAAUUGAGCUAUUCAGAGAGAUGGUUAGAAAAGGGGUUUUCCCAAAUGAAUUCACAUUUUCAAGCGUUAUAAACGCUUGCUCGAGCCCAACAUCUUCGUCUGAUCAAGGAAAACAAUUCCAUGCCUUCUCAAUCAAGUAUCGGUACCAAGACACUCUGUGUGUCAGCAGUGCUUUGGUCACGAUGUACUCGAAGAAGGGGAGCAUCGAGAGUGCUCAGAGAGCCUUUGAGAGGCAACCCGAGAGAGAUUUAGUCUCUUGGAACUCAAUGGUCUCUGGCUAUGCUCAGCAUGGCUAUGGAAAGAGAGCUCUACAGAUUUUCCAAGAAAUGGUCGAACAAGGACUCGUGUUGGAUAGUGUCACCUUCCUCGGUGUCCUUGUGGCCUGUACUCAUACUGGACUUAUUGAUGAAGGGAGAAAAUACUUCGAUUCGAUGAUCAAAGAUCAUGAAAUUGUUCCAACGAUGGGGCAUUAUGCUUGUAUGGUCGACCUAUAUAGCAGAGCUGGGCGACUAAAAGAAGCGAUGGAACUCAUCACAGACAUGCCGUUUCAAGCGGGCCCCACAGUGUGGCGAACGCUGCUUGCGGCAUGCAGGGUGCACAAGAACAUAGAGCUGGGUGAGCUCGCAGCGAAAACCCUAAUUCAGAUGGAGCCAAACGACUCCGCUGCUUAUGUGCUCUUGUCGAAUGUUUACGCGACUGCAGGAAGAUGGGAGGACAGAGAUGCAGUGAGAAAGCUGAUGGAUGAUAGGAAAGUAAAGAAGGAAGCAGGAAUCAGUUGGAUCCAGAUCAAGAACAAGACGCAUUCGUUCUUGGCUUCGGAUAAGUCUCACCCGUUAUCCGAUAGAAUACAGAUAAAGAUCGAGGAAAUAAUGAGUAAGCUUAAGCAGAGAGGGUACAGGCCUAAUACAGAAUUUGUGCUUAGGGAUAUGGAGGAGGAGCAGAAGGCGGCGACUCUGGCUCAGCACAGCGAGAGGCUUGCGAUUGCUUAUGGAUUGAUUUCUACACUGAAGGGGAGUCCUUUGCAGAUUGUGAAGAAUUUGAGGGUUUGUGGAGAUUGUCAUACUGUGAUAAAGAUGGUGUCGGCGAUGGAGGACAGGGAGAUAGUUGUUAGAGAUUCGAAUCGGUUUCAUCAUUUUAAGGAUGGGUCUUGCUCUUGUGCUGAUUACUGGUGAAACAGAGCUCAACUAUGUCAUGUUUCAGAAAAUGAUGGAUGAUCAAGAAAUAAAGAGAUGAGAUUCUUUCUUCCGUGCUCGUUAUCUGAAUCAAAGCUCCAAUU